AUGGAACAACUAUUUGAUUAUGAAAAUGAAGUUCAAGCUACAGUUGAUUCAUUUGCAAAGCAAAAUAGUUUUGUGGCUAAUAAAAGUCGUAAAGAUCUUGAUCUAGUUGACAAGUCUAUUGUUCAUCAUCGUACUUAUAAUUGUUGGAAAGCUGAAGUUUGUCAACCAAAAAAGCAUGUUAAAUCUAUUAUUGGUAUUAUUAAAAAACAUGUUGAUAGUAGUACCUUGCUAAAAGAAUUGGUUACUGUUAUUGAACAAGAAUUAGAGAAGAAAGCUCAGUAUACCAGAAUUAAAGAUUAUUAUAGGUCCAAUCUAUCUGUUAGUCUUAUGUCAACUUAUAACACUAUAUUCAAAGAAAUUGAUUCUAUUUUAAAAGAUAAUUUGGCAUCUAUUCCAUUAUCUUUACAAAGAGCUCAGAUGAAACAGGCUUUAUUAUAUCAAGGAAUCUUAAUUACAAUUGAUCAAGUUAAGGAAAACUGUGAUAUUUAUACACCAGCUAUUAGAAGUCAUAUUAAUAAGAAGGUUCAAUUUGGUACUAUGAUGUCUAUAGCUAAAACUAGUGCUCAAAUUGCGGUGUCUGAAAAUUAUCAUCAUGAUACAGAAUUAGGCAUAAAAAAUACUCUAUCAUUACCAAGUACUAUACUACAAAAGUCUUAUAUUGCUAAUAAAGUUAUAUCUACUAUUACUAAAGUUACAGAUUCUACAUCUACAACCACUAAAAUUACAGAAUCUCUAUACAAUUUUGUGCUAAUAACUUCUACUACUGAUCAACAACCUUCUAAACAACUUAAAUUAGCUGUUAAGGAAUACUCAUCAUCUGUUAACAAGUUAAAUAAUACCAAUACUGUUCUGAAAACAUAUAGUUAUUGCUCUGAUAAAGGUCAUAAUAUUCAUAGUUGCCAAAAGUAUAAAUCUGAUAUAG